AUGCAUUCCAGUGCCAUAGCCCUCGUCGUCUCGAUAGCCUUGCUCGUAAGGUGCGAAGCUUGCCUGGGUGCAUACAUUCUGGCCGCUCUAGGACAAAAACCGACUUACACUAACACCACAACGGCCACCUCUGGCUUGAAUACUACAGCUUCCUCGAUUCGCUCUUUGGAUGCGUCAACACCAAUGCGUAGCACUGUCUGCUACAAUGGAGGAGGCCGAUGCUGGGACGAUGUUACCUACAUCAGUCCAACAAUAGCGCCGACUGGUACUGGUGCCGCAUAUGCGACGUCGUGUUCCAAUGUGAUCUCUGCUUACAAUUCAGCUUCCAACUCCUGGGUGAACAAGCACAGCUUCUUCACCAACUAUACUAACGUCCUCGGAGGAACGUCGUGGAACUCAGUCACAUACUAUGCGAACGCGACAACUCUUUGCGACGGCCACGCACGCGUGAACUAUUCGCCUGCGAUUGCUACCUCGAGCACCGUCAUUACAUCCGUGGGUACGGCCCCAAGCACGUCUGUCGGUACUGCGUCAAUGGGAUGGAUAUUCCCCAUCUCGACCGUUUCCUGCAGUGUCGAUCCCUCUGAUUGCGACGGGUUGUGGCAAGCUUAUAGCACCGCAUCCUCGAAAUGGACUAGUGGCGCCAAUGGUACUCGUGCAGUCGAUGCCAUCUUCCCAACAAUCACACCAUCGCCUUCACAACCUGCUUGCGUGAACUCCAGUCAAUCUAGCUCAAAUGAGGCCUUCUCGAAGAGCUUUUAUGGCUGUGGACUUUGCACUAUCUUCGGUGAUGAGGUAGAGCUGCUGUACUUUCCUGAAGCCACUACUGCCUCGCGCGACAUGUGUGCAAUCACUCCGACUGCCAAGCCAACGGCGUAUGGUAGCAAUGAUGGUAUACCUUAUACAGGUAUUGAUCCGUCAGCUGUCUGGAACGGUACGGGCACUUCUCUGGAAACUGCCGUCGUCGGAAAGCACACAUUUGUCCGGGAUGGUCAAGCAUACAUUUCGAUCAAGAAGGUUUAUGCAAAGAACAGGUGCAGCAGCCAAAUCGGUACAACCGUCACUGAUGCCAUUCUUGCCCUGCCAUCAGACAGACUGUUGAGUUUGCGCUAUUCCCAAGAUCACUUCCAGUAUUUCGCCACGACGAACAAGAUUACUGGAUAUCCCUUCAAUUACGCCGAUCUGAACACUCCCGUUCCCUACAGUGCUUGGAACGGACAGGCGAGAUGCGAAUUCCCUGGGGCCGCCGACUACAAGUGUAAUGUUAUCUACGAAAACCAAUACAAUCCCCAGCUGGCUAUGCCUCCAGGUAUCAGGAAACUCGACCCAGCAUGGGAAGGUUGUCAGAUGUGGUAUGGAGGUCUUUACGAUCCACCGUAUGCCUUGAAACCUGGAACCGCUGUUGAAACGCCUACAGUCGCUUUCGGGCCACCACCGACAACAAGCACUUCAGCAGCAGAGGCUUCAAGUGCAGCUCCUACCACUGCCACACCUACUGCUCUAGCGGAUCACACAAGUGAGCGAGCAGAUUCUACUCAAGGACAAGGAAACAAUGGCGAUUCUCGGCAGACACAGGGAGCCGAGGAAACACAGGCUGCUAACACUGCAGGUCGUAACCAGGAUGGUCAGGCUGCUCAAACACAGAACGGUCAAAACACUCAGGCAUCUCAAAACACCCAAAGUGCAAGCCACAACAAUGAUGGAGGUAACAGCCAGGGAGGAAGUGACGGCCAGAACUCUCAAGGAGGAGCACAAAACACCCAAGGUGGUCAAUCCCAAAACGAAGGACAAGGCAACCAAGGCGGUCAAUCACAGACCACAGCUCAAGGCGGUCAAUCACAAAAUGCAGGCCAAGAUCAGCACUGGAACCCAACACAAGCCGGGGCACAAAACACACAAGGAGGUCAGAACAACCAAGGUGCAAACACGGCAAACGGAGCACAGAAUACUCAAGGUUCUCAAGCACAAAACGGAUCUCCAGGCGGCAACUCGCAGUCAUCUGCCAAACCUCAAGUCUACGUUUUCACUGCUGGUACCUUUACGUACACCGCCACCAAAACUGCGAUCGAGACAAACACGGUUUAUGUUUGCGGCACAGACACUCUCUCCGUAGGUGGGCCAGCCGCGACGCUUCCUGUCAAUUGUGUAAUCAGUGCUGGCUCAGCCGGGCUGGUCAUCAAUACCGAGGCGGCUACAAUCACGAACCGUGCAUCUGCUGUCACUGCACUGCCUGUCAACACCAAGGCUGUUAUUGUCACCGUUGGUACCAAGGUUCAGACUUUCUCCCAAGACUCAUCAGGCGUGGUCAAGAUUGGCUCGACCAGACUCACCCCUGGCGGCUCGGCAGCCACGCUCGAUGACGGAUCUGUUGUCAGUGCUGAUAGUGAAGGUGUCAAGGUUGGCUCUACCAUUGUCAAGUACUCGACCGUGGCACCUGCAUCCGCGGCGGCUCCCGACGUCUUAGUAUUUGUCGUUGGUACUAAGACCGUCACUGUAUCAUGCCCUCCUGGAUCAACCAACCAAGCCAUCAUCGGAUCCAUCACACUUACCGCUGGUGCAGCUGCUCAAACACUCGAAGACGGUUCUCGUGUCAGCCUCGCAUCAGGGGGUAAUAUCGUCAUCGAUGGCACCUCGGCUGGUGCGAUCGCAACACCCGCAUCUGCAGUAGUUUUCACGGUCAACGGAAAUGCUGUAACAGCCUACCAGGCUUCCGGUGUCUCGAGUGUUGUGACAAUCGACGGCACUGUAAUCUCUCGAGAUGGUUCUGCUGUGACCUUAUCCGGCGGCGAGGUGGUCAGUAUGGGCUCCAGCGGACUGGUUGUGCAGCAGGGCUCUACGACGGUGCCCGUCUCUGCCUUCAUAACGACUUCUGAUGACGAUGACUCGUCGUCGUCGUCUGGUGCACCUGGAUCUAGAUCUGGAUCCCGUGCUGCAAGUAACAGUGCAGCAAUGAGUUCGACAAGGUCUGCUCAACAGAAUCAAGGCUCGCAGGCGUCAGCCACUUCCAGCAAAUCAGGAGCAGCAUCUACCAUCAAGGUCUCCACGACGGCCAGCCUGGUGACAACCGUUCUCCUCAUCUCACCCCUACUAUUCGCCAUCUACCUAUAA